UUUCGUCGCGCAGCAGCACCUACCACUAUUUGCUAAUUAAAUAUUAAUUAUUGGCGUCUAAAAGUGCAUACAAAUAUUUUUUUUUAGAAAGUUUGAGUGGGCGUAAUUACCGGCAUCUUUUGAUACAUAAUCGGAAUUGAAAAAAUGAAGAACUGCUUGGGUGGAAUUGUGUUUUUGUUAUUAGUUGUGAAUAUAAUUAGUGAAGAUGGAAGAGUGGAGGUGCAAGCAAGAGGAGCGUAUGGAAAUGAAAAACGAGAUGAAGGGGCUAUAGUAUUUCCCUCCGAAUACUCAAGUCCAUUCAAAUCUGGCUCUGGUUAUCACGAAAAUGGACACAAUUACCGUAGCCAGUAUCACUAUACCCACGGUCAACCUUACAACAAGCCAGAAAUUGAGCCAUUGGAUUUUCUUGCGUUGAAUUCUUCAGGAAUCCCGUUGGAUUUUGCGAAAUCUAUAAACGAUUACAGCACUCUAUCCGAUUUACUUCUAAACGUCAUUGAGGAUGGACCACAAAUGGGAGAUAAAAAUGUUAUUGCCAAUAGAUUUGGUACUGAUGAAGAUAACGAAAAUGGUGAAAGAACUUCUGCCCAAAUUGCUCGUCCAGCUAAAUGCUUACCUGAACUCCAAACAGUCAGAAUUGCGAAAUCGAAUGAUCCGAAUGUUUUCUACGUUCCUGAAUGUACCCGCGUGGAAAGAUGUGGAGGUUGCUGUUCUCACCCAUUGUUAUCUUGCCAACCCACCGAAAUUGAAACUGUUACUUUUUCUGUAAUGAAAACCGCUUAUAAUGGAAACAGGAAACUGAAAUAUGUUGGAAAAGAACCUGUUGUGGUCGAGAAACAUACCAAAUGCAAAUGCGGUUGCAAAAUUAAAGCCGAAGAUUGCAACAGCUACCAAGAAUAUGUAGAAUCAGAUUGUAGGUGUAGAUGCAAAAACUUGGACGAGGAAGAAAAAUGUUACAAGAGCAGCCAGAAAAAGCUGUGGAAUCCUGAUGUUUGCGCUUGUCAAUGUCGGGAUGUUGUGCCAUGCUCAACAGGUUAUAAUUUCGAUUACAACGAUUGCAAAUGUGUACAGGGCCAGUUCAAACGACGAUAUGUUUUGACGGAGGGUCAGAAAGAGGAGCCAACAUGGACAGAUUAGUUUAUAGAAAAAUAAUUUUGUGGUGUUGAAAAUUGUAGUUUAAGACAAGGCAAAUGAGAAAAUAAAAUUUACAUAAUUGUAAAAUGUUCUAGUCACUUUUGGUUUAAUAUUUUAAUGACUGUAGGUAUGGUAGGUAUGUACUUAGACUUAUUUUUGUUUUCGUUUUAGAUAAAUUUUUUAAUGGUAAACUACAACUUAUUUAUUUCUGACAGUAUUUCCAUUUGUAUUCAAAAUUCAUACCUAUACAUUCAAUGUAAAAUAACUGGUAACGGUAACUGGUUACCUACCUUCACGAUUUUACAAAAAGUAUUGCUGUUUACUGCUUAAAAUGCGGUUUUAUACAAUUUUGCAUAUAUUUAUUACAAUUUUUAGAUCAAAUAGGUCCCGUUUUUAAAUAGAGUAUUGUUUAUUAUCGAUAUACCUAAUUAUAUAGGUGAAUAUAAAUGUAGAAAAUAAAUAAACAUAUUUGUA